AUCUGAAUUUAUAUCUGGAAUUUAACAAACUUCCCACAAUAGGAUUAUGACUACUCCAGCGAGUGGAUACUACAGCAACGUUACUUCUGCUAGUUAUUCGCUGUACUCGUUCUAUUAUACCACAGUUACUAAGCCUCCUGCUCACAAUGCACAGGGGAGAGGAUAUACUCUUUCUCCUACAGCUGACAAGGUUCUAGCAGUAAUACUACCGAUAUUGUCAAUACCGGGCCUCUUUAUGAACGUGAUAGUGUUAUGGAACCUGUUUAUCAAGGCAAGCAAACUGAACAGACCUACCCGACAACUACACGGACAUCUCGUUAUUUCCAAUUUCAUCCUCCUUAUCUUGUGUGUCCCCUCUAUAUCGUUGAUACUCUUCAAUGGACGAAUUGACAAUCCUACUCUUGAUCAAAGAGUGGAAAACUAUGUGCUCAACAACAUAUUCUGUAAUAUUAGCGGUUUCGUGUUUAAUGUUAUGAUGAGAAUGACAAUUCACAUCAGUACCGCUCUGGCUGUGGACAGAGUACUUGCAGUGCAGUUCCCGAUAUUUCACAAGUUCAAAGUGCAGGUUUAUGGUUACAACUGGUUAAUUAUCAUUAUCUGGAUAUUUAAUCUGGUUACCAUGGCAACGCCUUUCAUAGCUGGCAAGCAGUAUGUGCAAGGUCCGUUUGAAUGCGUCUGCAAUUGGAGUUUGGAUUAUGCUGUUUUCUCACGAAUCGGAGAGCACGACCAUUUCCUGAGGACUCUCGUUGUUCUGUCGUACUUCUUCAUUCCAUUUACUUUAACCAACCUCCUAACUAUUAUCUGCUGUAUUUGGGUUAUAGUUUUACUGCUGAAGAAAAAUCUAAUAUUUACCGUGGAAAAACGGAAGGAAGAUCACAAGAUCUCAACCAAAGACAACCAUCAGUAUGAACGUCUGCAAUGCAUCAAAGAAAAUGGACAUCCGGUGGAUGAGUUAAAAACCAAUGGCCACUCAGCUGAUUCUCCGACAACAACAUCAAACGGAAAACAACCUCAAAUCCGUAAAAACAAACCCACAAAAAAAUUAACACAAUCAACUUCAAUAUUGAAGUCAAUCAAACUGUCAAACGACGCCAAAGUAAAAAGGGCGUGCUACACUAUGUUGAUAAUGAUGGCCUUGCAGUUAUUAUGCUACUCAGUGGUUCAGUUAAUGGUUGUUGAUCAGCUACUUUUCCAUGUCUUCAAGGCUAAUUACUUUUAUACGCAAAUGCGAAAGAAUGCUCUGUUAGCCCAGAUCUUCGUCAACUACCCGCUUUAUCUCAUAGGCUUCUCCAUCCUCAUCCCUGCAGUUAUACACUUCAGAAUGACGAGAAAUAGCCAGAAGAGAAGCGACAGUACCCAAAAGGGAUUCAGUACGAUCAAUUCCUCUAUAAACCAGGGGUUGUCCUUUACGUGCUCCAAAAUAAUCGGCAGAUCAAAAUCUAAAACUGAAGUUUGAUGUUGGGAAAAACUGCUGCCAAUUUGGAUGGUGUUUAUGUCCAAACUCUUAUGUUUGAGCUUUGUUAGCUCCAGCUUAUGUUUUACAUUGAAUUUUAAAUUUUAUCAAGCUGUGCUUCCCUAUAAUUGUGAGAUGCAGGAUUUUUUGUCGAGUGUUGUGUUGAAAUUCUUUUUUCUAACGACCCUCAUGCCUGGGCUUCAGUCACUGAAUUUAAUCUAGCACUGACACUAAGCUGCAUUUUUUAAUUCACAUCCAGUGGUAACUGGCGAUUUUAAUGCCAUGAUAUUUAAUUGAUGUUUAAUUGAUAGGAUGACAGAUGUUUUGUUUUGUAAAUGAGCGCAAGGUGUAAGCAUGUUAUGUUCAUAAAAACCCAGAAUUUUUAGAAUAUGAGCAAUAUGAGGUAAAUAUAACCCCUUACUUUUUCGGUUCAGUAGUGGACUUUUUGGUUCAGAUUGUGAAUUUACAAUUUUAGUCAAACUUUUUAUCUUCUAGUUGUGAUAUGAAAAGAAAACGAUCUUGGUUUUUUAACAUCCUUGAUUGUGAAUAAAUAAUAUAAUCAACUCAAACUAUCAUUUCACUAC